UGAAUGUUGACAUUUUGUAGUAUUGUUGAUCAAAAUCAUCAAAAGUACUUAAAAUGAUUUCCACGUAAAUAAAAAUAUAAAAUUCUCUGGCUAAAUACCUCUUUCACCAUAUUCUCAAACUAUUAAUGACAGUUAUAGUAUAAAGCAGCAAUAACUUUCUAUAAAACAGAGCAAUGAUCGAACUAUCUGCAAAAUUAACUACUGGAACAGUGUAUUUAGCUGGGGAAGCUUUAGAAUGUUGCAUAUCGUUUUGCUACACCGCUCAACCGGAACACAGAAAUUCUCAAAGUCACUGUGAUGCGCUAGAAAACUUAGCAUGGGCGUCAGCACAGAUUCACUGCUUCUAUUCCACAUCAAAGAACACUGGUGACAAGACACCUACCAUUGGCAAGACCACCUCCCUUGAAGUGACAUCAUGUGACAUUGGAGAUGUUAUUUUUCACACCAAACCCAAAAUACUAUUUUGUGACUUGACUAUACCAUUGGGUGAGACUAAAACUUUUUGGUACAGAGAAUCCCUGCCAAUAGAAGCCCCACCAUCAUACAGAGGAACAUCAGUAAAAUACUCUUACAAAAUUACCAUAGCAACCCAGAAAGUUGGUUCCCAUAUCAAGAUGGUCAGAAUUCCAUUCCGAGUGUUACCGAUCAGCCCUAUCAUGAACGUGCAGGACUUGGCAGCUCUAUGUGGCAAUGAGACCACUGAGGAACUUCAACCCACCAACCCAUUUUCUGAGGAGAGGAAAGUUGAAACACCUUUGACUAUGGCUCUACAGGUUUUACAGAAUCUCACAGCAAGAAGGAGUCCUAACUCGUACAUGAUAACAAAUACUAGAGGCAAGGUUGGCCGUUUCUGCUUAUUCAAAUCUGCUUACAAACUUGGUGAAGACAUAGUUGGUACCUUUGACUUCUCUGUUGGAACUGUCACAUGUAUGCAGGUCUCAGUAUCCCUACAACCAGAAGAGGUGAUCAAAUCAAAGUCACCUUCAAAGAAUGUCAGCAAGGACACAAGCAGCAGAUCUAUGACAGUGGCCAGAUAUCAUGAGGUCACAUUAGGCCUCACACAGUCCCAGUUGAUAUUACCUAUACCCUUACAUAUCACACCAGCAUUUGAGGUUGAUGAUGUGUCCCUUAGUUGGCGACUCCACUUCGAGUUUGUGACAUCAAAUGAAAAGCUGUUGCCAAAUCCAGAAGAAAAGGAUUGGACUGCACCACUCAAUGUACCCAUAGAGACAAUGGUGUGGAACCUUCCUGUCAAGAUAUAUUCCACCUUGCCCAAGCAAAUCACACAGCAUUCUAUAGGCAAUGAUGCAUAUACCAUGUUUAUAAAAUAGAGGACUCGAUACAUUGUUUUGGCAACAUUCCUGAAAUUAUUGACUUGAAUUUACAAAAAGUUUACUAGUUUACAAUGCAUCUAGAAGAAUAAUAUUUUACUUUUCAUAUUUUUUCUAAUUAAUUGUAAAAUAAUAACUGUAAAUAACUGAAUAUAGAAUAUGACAUAUAAAUGGUGAAAAAUAAUAGAUAACUUUAAUAUUUACAAUUAUUUAUUAAAUAGUACUUAAAAC